AUGGGCCUUCCAGACCACACCCCCAUUAGGCAUCCAGCGCAUGCCCUCACGUUUGGCCCGUUUCCCACCCCAGCAGAAUGGCGCGCCCGUGUUGACAAGGACAUUGAACGCUACUACCAUGCUGCCGCCGACGUGCUUGCCUCGUCGGGUGCUGUCCCGCCCCCGCUGGACACAAUACAGCCAUUCAUCACCCAUGUCAUGGAAUGGACAUGGGAAGUCUACGUCCCAGGCUACCCAGGCCGCUCGUUCGACAUCGCGUCUGCCCCACCUACAGCGCCGGUGGCCAUCCCAAUCCAAGAGUUUGGACGAUACUCGCCCGAGCACGCUGGGUACCGCCUCUCCCGCUUGGUCGUCGACCCCGAGGGCAGCUACACACAACUGAGCAUUAUCCAGCCGCCUAGCCACGACGGUGUCAUCCAGCCUGUAACAGUCAAAGAAGUCCCAUCGCUUAAGCCCAAGCAGCCAGACCAGCAGCCAGACCAGCAGCUAGACCAGCAGCCACACCAGUAG